CGCCGCCUAGUCGGGUCCUCGGAGCUCGGCGCGCCACUCGCUCGCCGAGAGGGAGGAGGAAGCCGCGAGUUCCGGAGCCCCAGCCCGCCCAACCUUUGCUCUCUCUGGAGAUCAUGGCUGCCGAGGAGGUGGCGGCGACCAGCGCGGAGGCCGGCGAGCUGGAAGGCGGCGGGCUGCUGAACGAGAUCUUCACGUCGCCGCUCAACCUGCUGCUGCUCGGCCUCUGCAUCUUCCUGCUCUACAAGAUCGUGCGCGGGGACCAGCCGGCGGCCGGCGACGGCGACGACGACGAGCCGCCCCAGCUGCCCCGCCUCAAGCGGCGCGACUUCACCCCGGCCGAACUGCGGCGCUACGACGGCGUCCAGGACCCGCGCAUCCUCAUGGCCAUCAACGGCAAGGUGUUCGACGUGACCAAGGGCCGCAAGUUCUACGGCCCGGAGGGGCCCUAUGGGGUCUUUGCCGGAAGAGACGCAUCCAGGGGACUUGCCACCUUCUGCCUGGAUAAGGAAGUGCUGAAGGAUGAGUAUGAUGACCUUUCCGACCUCACUCCUGCCCAGCAGGAGACCCUGAAUGACUGGGACUCUCAGUUCACUUUCAAGUAUCAUCACGUGGGCAAACUGCUGAAGGAGGGGGAGAAACCCACCGUGUACUCAGAUGAUGAAGAACCCAAAGAGGAGAAUGCACGGAAAAAUGAUUAAAGCAUUCUGUGGAAGCAUAUCUAUUUUUGUAUUUUGCAGAAUCAUUUGUAACAUUCCAGUCUGUCUUUAAAACAUGGUGAUUUCAAUAUUUAGAGAAGUUUUGAACCUGCUGUAAGAUUUUUGAAUGAACAUCACUAGUGUCCCUGAUAAAAUUAACUUCUGUCUAGACUGCAUGAUAAUCUUGUGUGUCAAGGAGCCAGAAAGUGAACUACAGGGUUGACAUACAGAUGCUAUUAACUUUUUUCUUCUAUCUGUAGUGAGUGCAGGUGGAGUUGGAGUUGGUUUUUCCAGAGUGACCAGUCCCCCAAACCAGUUUUUAAAGGAAGUUUUAAUGCGCCAGAUCCCAAGGAUUAACUUCAUCGUGAUGCUCCCUAGAGACAGCAAAUCCCUUAUUUCUCAAUUGACCUCACUGCAUGAUUUAUGGUGUUUUCUACCUCUAAGGCAAGUCUGCAGUGUUCUCAGGCUUUUGGUAUUGAUUAGGCAGGACUGUGCAGUGAGAUGGUGACGCUCCAAGCUGGGCUCUGUUGAGAGAAACUUAGGUUAGUGGGUGUCCCAAUUGCUUCAUUGUCUGUUGGACACAGAUGCCCUGGUGAACAGUUAUUUGCAGGGAGACUGGAAACCAAAUAUGAACCUUCGAAAGAAAGCUUUGGGAAAAAAAUCACUUGGCUCACUUAAAAGAAGUUGGUAGAACUGUCUUCCCCAUCCCCAUGUACAAGGUGUGGGACUGUCGUUACUAGCCAUGAGAGAGGUGGAAGGGCAGGUGAAACAGGAAUGGGGAACAGGUGUGUUUGCUCCCCCAGGAGCCUUUGUGCAUUGUGCGUACUGCUAAAGAAUGAGGAACCCACCCACUUCACUAGGCAAGAGGUUUCUAACGUUUAUUCAUAAGGUGACAGUUCCUCUGGUGUUACAAAGCUUAUAGCCACUACAAGAGUAGUAAAGUGUCUAGGUCUUUGCUAUCAGUCUUUUGGUUAACAAACUUAGCUUAAGUAGACUAUACAGUUGUAUGAGUUUGUAAAAGUAUUACAUGAACAACUAGUGCAGUUUCAAACUCUUGUAAUUGUAGUUAGUGUAUUUUGUUGUGAACCGUGUUUAAUGGUUUUACCUCAAAUCAGAAAACAAAAUUAAGUGCUUUGGUCAGUUAAUAAAAUGGUUAUACACAA